AUGAAAAUUCUUAAAAAUAUGUUCUUCUUUAACUUUCUUGUAGUGUUACUACAGAUUUAUUAUGUUUUAUCAGAUAGAAAAAAAAAAGAAGAAAUGAAUAUUUUGAAUUUUUUACCUAGUAAUUCUUUAUUAUAUCCGUUAGACUUUCAAAAAAAUUGGCAGGCGUCAGAACCUAUUCCUGUUAGCGUUCAUUAUACCGUCCCAGCAUAUGGAUAUAAGGAUUUGAUUGAAGCAUUAGAAUAUCACAAUGAUUUAGAAAAUCAUCUUAAAGAAAGGGAAGAAAUAGAAAGAAGGAUAAUUAGUGAACAAAAAAGACUAGAAGAUAAUUUAUGGAAUAAAGUUCAAUUUCUUAAAACAAAGGAUAUGAUGUUAAAAAAAAAAAAUUCUUUAAGAACAUAUAAAAGUAAAAUAUAA